AGAAUUUGGGGCAAAGCGGUCUGUGUGCAGGUGAAGAUAGCUAAAGCUUUCCUUUGUUACGUUGCUUCAAGAUGUACAACAAAAAAAUGCUGCUGUGAAGACAUAGUUAUAGCUUUCACAUAACUGAAGCCCCAACCAUCAUGAUUUAGUGCCUCCCAAAGGAAGAACUUCAGUGGAAAAGAGAGGGCAUUUCUGGGGAUAGUAGAAUGCUUGAGACCUGAAUUUAAACUCAAGCUCCUUCAUGAAGGUAUUAAAUAAUAGAAGAAAAUGGAAUUGAAUAUGAUACCAGCAUGGAACAGUCUGUUGAUUCAUUAAGAGUCAACCAUAAUGAUUCCGAAGAGUCAAAAACCGAUUCUCAGCAUCUAAGCUGUAUGGACUCCAGUGAGCCUUCUUUUGGACAAGAUGGUUCCCCUAGAGUUUUACCCAUUACUACUGCAGUGGAUAAUUCACUCACAUCACAGAAUAUACCAGGGCCCCUGACUCAGACGCAGACUCUUUCUGCAGAGCAAUUCCACCUAGUGGACCAAAAUGGGCAACCUAUUCAAUAUGAGCUUCAGUCAUUGGGGGAUUCUAAUGAGCAAAUGAUGAUUGUUGCCAGCCCAUCAGAAAAUGGACAGGUGCUGCGUGUAAUUCCAUCUACCCAGACAGGAACGACACAAGUGAUUGUACCUCAGGGGCAGCUUGUGGAUGUGAAUAGUCCUCAGGAUGUCUCUGAAGAGAAACCCAGUGACGGAAACUUACCAACUGUAAGAGUGGAUUCUCUAGCAGACAAUAACAGUAGUUACAUUCUUCAUCCACAUGCAUCCCUCACAUUGCCCAAAAAGACAGUGACCAGAAUACUUGAAGAACCCUUUUUGGCUCCACUCCAGCCACUUUCUUCUAACACACCUAUAUGGGCCUGUCGUCUUAGGAGCUGUGAGAAAAUUGGAGAUUCAUACCGUGGCUACUGUGUAAGUGAGACUGAAUUAGAAAGUGUCCUAACAUUUCACAAGCAGCAAACACAGAGUGUUUGGGGGACCCGCCAAUCUCCAAGCCCAGCCAAGCCAGCUACACGCUUGAUGUGGAAAUCCCAGUAUGUCCCAUAUGAUGGAAUCCCAUUUGUCAAUGCAGGGAGUAGAGCUGUGGUAAUGGAGUGUCAGUAUGGGCCAAGAAGAAAAGGUUUCCAGUUAAAAAAAAUCAGUGAGCAGGAAAGCAGGUCUUGUCAGCUCUACAAAGCUACUUGUCCAGCCCGGAUUUACAUUAAAAAGGUACAGAAAUUUCCUGAAUAUAGAGUUCCUACAGACCCCAAAAUUGACAGGAAAAUAAUCCGAAUGGAGCAGGAAAAAGCCUUUAACAUGCUAAAGAAGAACUUGGUAGAUGCUGGUGGUGUUCUUAGGUGGUAUGUACAGUUACCUACUCAGCAAGCUCAUCAGUAUCACGAAUUAGAGACUCCCUGCCUCCCUUUAUCAUCUUCCCCUUUUCCUAUGUCUUCUCUUGAAGAAGAGGAAGCUGCAGUUAGAGAUGAGAACUGUACAUUACCCUCACGUCUACAUCCUCAAGUAGCACAUAAAAUUCAAGAACUAGUAUCACAGGGAAUACAACAAGUGUAUGCAGUAAGGAAACAGCUAAGAAAAUUUGUGGAAAGGGAACUGUUCAAACCUGAUGAGAUACCUGAAAGACAUAAUUUAUCCUUUUUUCCAACUGUAAAUGAUAUAAAAAAUCACAUCCAUGAGGUACAGAAAUCCUUGAGAAAUGGAGAUAAUGUAUAUAACUCAGAGAUUAUUCCAGCAACGCUUCAAUGGACUACAGGUAGUGGGAAUAUUCUCAGAGAGACUGUGACAGUUACACUUGCAGAAGGAAAUUCACAAGGAGAAGCAAUUUCCAGCAAAGUGGAAACAAAUCAGACAAGGGGUUCUUUGUCUCCAGAGCCAGCGCACUUGCUCUCCUCACUUUCUUCAUUUCAGCCAAAAAUAUUCACACAACUACAGGGUUUGCAGUUGCAACCAAGAUUCACAUCUUCUGAUGGAUCACCAGCUCUGAUAUCAGUAAAUAAUCACCCCUCCUCCAGUCCUUCAAGACUUCUGGAUUCAGUAGGAAGUGCUGUAAUGAAUAAUAAUUCUCUGCUGCUUGGCCAAACUCAUUGCCUUCAAACAGAUACAUGCCUAACCCAAAACAAUAGUAUUUCCUCUACCAUGGGUAACCUUCCAGGACCCGAUCAAAAUCUGGUUGCAGUGGAUCAGCUGGUGGAAGUUGGAGAUGUUGAGGAUACAGAGAAUCUGGAAGGAAAUGUUCAUCGGAUUCUGCUGGGAAAUGUUCAGACCAUUCCAAUACAGAUUAUAGACAGCCACCCAGCUCUUAUUGAAGAAAGUCCAGAAGGUACCAUUUCUGUGAACCAAGUUAAGCAAGAACCCAAAGAACCAGCAUUAUCUAUGGAAGCAAAAAAAAAAUUGGACUGUAAGAAAUUGUCUGCUACAUAAAUUAUUGAAGCUUUUCAGAAUUUACAACUCUGGUGACUUCUGAUGUCAUAAAAAAGAAGGUAGGAACUGGAACUAUCAAUAUUUUCAUAACCCUCUAAAAUCUUAAAGAUGGACGUUCAGCAAAACACGUUUCCUGCCUUUUGGAGCUUACUUUCCAGUAGGGGGCGAUAGACAAUAAAUAAUAAACAUAAUAAGUUAUUUUGGAGGUAUUUUAAAGGAGCCAAUAUUUGACUGUCUUGGAGGUCUCAUCAAAAUCUGGUCAACUUGGAAACAGCGUGUUUUACUGAGGCCCUUUAAGCCUCCUGCACAGGGUCUGUCCAAUGACGACGGUGAGUUUGUCAGCUGCUGGUAUUGAUGAAACAAGAUGGGACAUUAACGACGAUUUAUCUAAUUGCCCAACGACCACUGAUGAAGAUAGGUUGGAGUAACUGCUGAAACUGAAUUUUAUUGACCAGAAGACAGUCCAUUUGUUUCACUUCUUUUUGUUUUCCCUACUGCUUUGAGCUUUACUGUAACGGCUGAAAAACUUGGAAAAUAAAAUGAACAUGCUGUGGUCUUGAA